CUGCUUUAUACUACCCAUAUCCCCCAAGAUGGCUGGAUUGCCCGGUCACCAUGGUGCUUGUGUUUGCUUGAAGGGUGUCCAACGGUUUGGUGAUUAACAAACAUAACGUCAUCGAGAAAGGAUUCGGUCAUGGCCGGCACCCGCGAAAAAAACCAUCAUCCUCCAUCCCGAUCAGACAGCGACGACUCCAAUCUCGAAUUGCCCAUAUCGCUUCGCGCCGAUAGCGACACACUCCCGUCCCCAGGCCCCAUUUCACCGCCGAGCCAACAAGUGACGAAUAAUGCAAAGAGGAAGAGCACAAGCCAGACUCCAGAUUCGCUGUCACGAAACGGGUCAAGAGCAGGGGGGAACCUAGAAGACAUCACGGCUCUGCCAAACAUGGCCGCCGCCGACGCAAACACCAUCCACCACGCAGACGACUAUGUGCGCUCUCGACCCACACCACGCGCCCAAAAGCUCUCGAGAAUCGCCACAGAGUUCUACACAGCCUCGUACCUCAUCUUCUUCUCCAUCUGGGGCACUCUUGCGCGUCUGGGCCUCCAAGCAUUAACCUUCUACCCCGGCGCGCCCGUCGUCUUCUCCGAACUAUGGGCCAACGUCGCGGGCGUCCUCAUCAUCGGAUUCCUAGUCGAGGAUGUACGGCUCCUGCGUGAAGAGUGGGGGAGCCGCCUCUCCCCAACACCGUCCCAACUUGAAUCCCCCGAUGCGCUCCCCGACAUCGGCAAAGACGAAACCCCCAACCAACACUCAAAGGCCGGGCACGCAAAGGCCAAGAAGACGAUACCGCUGUACAUCGGUCUGGCAACAGGUUUCUGCGGCUCGUUUACCAGUUUCUCCAGCUUCAUCCGCGACGUCUUCCUCGCGCUGUCGAACGAUCUGAAGAGUCCAAUCAACCACCCCUAUCCCGCGGGUACAUCCAUCCCAGCAGUCACCACAACAGUACCGCGCAACGGCGGAUACUCAUUCCUGGCCAUCCUCGCCACCAUAAUAAUCACCCUAGCAACAUGCUACACCGCCUUCACAAUCGGCGCACACCUAGCAAACCUCCUCGACCCCAUAACCCCCACCCUACCCUUCCGCCUCACGCGCCGCAUCCUCGACCCCACCAUCGCACUCCUAGCCUGGGUCCUCUGGCUCGCCGCAAUCCUAAUGGCCAUCUUCCCCCCCGAACCCGCAUGGCGCAGCCAAGCCCUCUUCGCGUGCGUCUUCGCGCCCCUCGGCUGUCUAGCCCGCCACUACGCAUCCCAGCGCUUCAACCCCCUCCUCACCAGUUUCCCCCUCGGCACCUUCGCCGUCAACAUGCUCGGCACCGCUAUCCUAGCCAUGGCGUACGACCUGCAGCGCGUGUCUCUCGGCGGGGGCGCGGGUGUAGCGGGGGGAAGCGUCGUCGGCUGCCAGGUUCUGCAGGGCGUGGAGGAUGGGUUCUGUGGCGCGCUGACGACCGUGUCGACGUGGAUGGCGGAGAUUCAUAGCCUGAGACGGAGGCAUGCGUAUGUUUAUGCGGCUUUAGAGUUGGCUAAGAGUAAUGGUUGUGUUGGUUUGUUAAUUCGUGGGAUCGGUGCUAUAUACCCAGGUAGCUAG